UUUUCUAUAUAAAAUUACCACGACACAAGAACUAAAAACCCACGACCAAGAUUACGAACUGAAGGUGACCCAAUUUGAUCCAACGAUUAACGAUCCAGUCAACGUUGUUCAUUCGAGGAAAGACCUGCGAUUACGACAUUUGUAGACGAUCAGAAGAAGCACCAAUUGAAGAAUUUUCAAUCUCUAUUAUUACCCUUAUAUAUAUAUGUUAUUCACGUAAAACCCUGAUCAAGUAGUGAGUUUCGACACUUGGGGUGACGUUUCAAGCACUUUGGAAGCCAUUUUGGAUAAUAUUUUGGUUCAGGGGAUUAGGAUUAGACUCAUCAAAAUUACUUUUUAGCUCUGUUUUGGAGUUAUUUUUGGGAGUAUUAUCUUGAUGUAGUUUGGAAAUUGAAGUGAUCUUGAUUGUUGUUGGUAUAUCUUGGUCAAUGAUGAAUGAUGUUCAUGGGAAUUUGAAUUCAAAUUCAAAUUCGAAUUCGGGUUCAAAUGCUCUGCCCCCUUUUAUCGCGAAAACGUAUGAAAUGGUCGAUGAUCCUUCUACAAAUUCCAUCGUUUCGUGGAGUCAGACUAACCGGAGUUUCAUCGUGUGGAACCCGCCUGAAUUCUCGGGUGAAUUGCUUCCAAGAUUCUUCAAGCAUAACAAUUUCUCAAGCUUCAUCAGACAACUUAAUACUUAUGGUUUUCGAAAAAUCGAUCCUGAAUUAUGGGAAUUUGCUAAUGAGGAUUUCAUUAGAGGUCAACCACAUCUGUUAAAGAACAUCCAUAGAAGAAAACCGGUUCAUAGUCAUUCGAUUCACAAUCUUGCAAACAAUGGAUCAUCAUCGUCGUCGUCUCCAUUGACCGAAUCAGAGAAACAACAAUACAUAGAAAAGAUUAGCACCCUGCAACACGAGAAAGAAUCGUUGUCUAUACAGUUUCACAUGCACAAACAAGAACAGGAGAGGAUCAAAUUCGAAGCACACGGUUUAACAGACCGUUUAAAACGGGCUGCAAAGCUGCAAAAAGACAUCCUUUGUUGCUUAGACGAGUUCUUGCAGAAACCACCUCAAGAAUGCGAAUUCACGCCUCGGUUGAUGGAGAAUCGAAAGAGGAGAUUAUCGUCUGAAAACGUUAACGAACAAGUUUGUCCUUUCGAUAUCCCGAUUCGCGAGACGAUAACCGCCGACGCGCUUCUAGCGUUGAACACCGAAUUGGUAGAACAGUUGGAGUCCUCAGUCAUGUCAUGGGAAGGUAUAUUCAAAGAAGUUGAUGAUGAGUUUGAGAUGCAAAAAUGGUCAAUGGAAUUGGAUCACGGGCCCGUAGGUUGUGCGGAUAGCCCAACUAUUGAUUACCCGUUAAUCAAUGUCGAAACGGGCUCUAAAGAAAGUGAGAUUGACAUGAAUUCUAAACCGGUUAACCCGGUUCCGACUGAAGAAACGGCGGUUAACGAUGUUUUUUGGGAGCAGUUCUUGACCGAGAACCCAGGCGGGUCAACGGGUAAUAAUGUAGGCGAAAUGGUGAGUGAAGAUAGAAAAUAUGGGAAGUUUUGGUGGAAUAUGAGUAGUGUAAAUAAUCUUGCUGAUCAGCUAGGACAGCUUACUUCAGUAGAGAGAAGUUGAUAAUGGUGGAUUGUCUAAAUUUACUAUUAAUCUGUUAUUUGUUUAAUAUUGGUGGGGUGGUUGUAAAUUUGGUAUGAGGGUUUAUAUGAUUUUUGAGCGUUUUGUAGAUAUAUUACAUACAGGCUUUUGAUAAUAAUAUAUUUAUGUUCA